AUGUAUGACCUAAAACCCUCACCGUUCCACAUGAAUAGGCUUUACUUCAAGGGUUUUGUGAGCGAGGAAACUAAGGGCUUUGGGGUUGCUAUUUGCGACCAAGAGGAUAAGCUACUGUAUCAUAUCAAGGGUUCACGUCAUCAUGACUCUGCCAUAACAGUUUUGGAGGCUGAGCUUACCGCAUUGAAGCGAGGACUAAUCGAAGCUGUGGGUUUGGGGAUCAACCAUAUCUCAUUCUACUGCGAUCAUGAUCAGAUUUUCGAAUUGGUCAUGGGGAUAUCGGUCCCAGAGCAAGAUAACAUUGCUUUGCUUAUGGAUGAUGUGCAACGUAUUAGAAAACAAUUUACUUCUAGCAUCCCUGUUUUGAUGACUAGAAAUCAAGCUAAGUUUGCUUAUAAGCUUGCAAUGGAAACAAUAGUUUCUGAAAUUAGCAUAGAUAUGGCGCCUUCUCAGAGGAAGACUUGCGGUAUCUGUUUCAAUGAUGAUUUCAAAGCUGAGCAUAUGUUUUCUGUUGAUUUAUGUGGCCAUCAAUUCUGUGUGGAGUGCAUGACACAAUAUAUAAAAGUGAGGCUACUCGAGGAAAGUGAGAUGAGAUGCCCUCAUUAUCAAUGCGAGUCCAAGUUAACUGUUGUACGAUGUGCCAAUCUUUUGACUCCGGAACUAAGAGAGAUGUGGGAACAUAGGAGCCAAAAGGAAUCCGUUGUUGUGGCAGACAAAGCUUAUUGCCAAAUCGAAUGUGCUUGGCUUUUAUGUCAAAUGGAGUUCAGAGAUGGUGCUUUAGAUGUAGUAAGUCUUAUUGCAUCAGCUGCAAAGUUCCGUGGCAUAACAACUUGUCGUGCGAGCAAUACAAGAGAUGCGGAUAUAAGUUUUGCUACACAUGUGGAGAUGAAUGGAAGCAAGGAAGUUGCCUUCAUCAGCGAAAGGAGAUGCUUGUGGAGUAUGGCUUUACUUCAAGGGUUUAGUGAGCGGGGAACAACGGGAUUUGCGGUUGCAAUUUGUGACCAAGAGAAUAAGCUACUGUAUCAUACCAAGGGUUCACUUCAUCAUGACUCCACCAUUACAAUUUUGGAGGCUGAGCUUACGUCCUUAAAACAAGGACUAACCGAAGCUGUGAGAUUGGGGAUAACUUAUAUCAAAAUUUACUGCGAUCAUACUAAACUUUUCGAUUUGGUCAUGGGGACAUCCGCGCUUGAGGAUAACAUUGCCUUGCUAAUGGAUGAUGUGCAUCGCAUCCGAAAACAAUUGAAGUCUAGCAAUCCUAUUCUGGAGACUAGAACUCAAAUUAGUAUGCUUAUAAACUUGCAAUGGAAACCAACUGAGCUUAAUGGAGUCAUCAAGCGCGCCCCGAGCCGGUACAUACCGUUUGCCCCGAAGCCACCUCUCAAACGACCACCGAGCCGUGAAAAACACGCGAGGCAAAGACUUGUAAAAACCAUUCAUUCUCCAAGGAUCAUUUCCGGUAAAAUAGGAUCUUUUAUGGGACUUUCGGAAAUGAUAAAGGAGAAUCUUUGA